AUGUCGAAUCGUAUCCAGAUUGCCAUCGACCGAGGCGGAACAUUCACGGACUGUCUCGGUCGCAUACCUUCGCAAAAAGCUGGCGAUGAACCCAAAGACAUUGUCAUCAAGCUCCUCUCGCACGAUCCUGCCAACUACAAAGAUGCUCCCACAGAAGGCGUGCGGCGCAUCCUCGAACAAGCCUAUAGCAUCCAGCUCCCUCGAGGAGAGAAGAUUGACACGUCCAAGAUCGACUACAUCCGUCUUUCUACUACCGUAGCCACCAACGCGCUGUUGGAACGCAAGGGUGAGAGGCAUGCUCUCGUCAUCACCAAGGGAUUCAAGGAUCUCGUUCAGAUCGGCAACCAGAGCAGACCCAGCAUUUUCGACUUAGCCAUCAAGAAGCCAGAGGUUCUCUACCACGGUGUGCUCGAGAUCGACGAACGUGUCACCCUUGUUGGCUACACCUCGGACCCUAAAGCCAGGGACAAUGGGGUUCAGUUCGACCUCGAGUCCUCUGAACAAGACGGCGAAUACAUCACCAAGAUCACCAAGCCAUAUUCUGGAUCGGAUCAGCCCCCAAACGCAUACGAUGCUCAAGGACACCCCACAGGGCCACCAGAAAUCGUUCGUGGUAUUUCGGGCGAAGCCGUUGCGAUCCUUAAAAAACCGGAUGAAGAGCUUCUUAAAAAACAGCUUGAGGCGCUCUACCACGACCACGGCUACCGGUCGCUUGCCGUCGUCCUCAUGCACAGCUACACGUAUCCCUUACACGAACAGAUCAUUAAGCGCAUCGCCCUUGAUGUUGGCUUUGAAACUGUCAGCUGCUCGAGCCAGCUUAUGCCCAUGAUCAAGAUGGUUCCGCGUGCAACAUCCUCCACUGCCGACGCCUACCUCACUCCCAUACUCCAAUCCUACAUCGACGGCUUCUUCUCCGGCUUCCAUGACUCGCUUCGCUCCGGAGAAGCUGGCACCAAGGUCGAAUUCAUGAUGUCUGACGGCGGGCUGACAUCAGUCGACCACUUUUCCGGGCUGAAAUCCAUCAUUUCGGGCCCAGCAGGUGGUGUAGUCGGUAUGGCACUGACAAGCUACGACAAAGACGACAAAAGACCUAUCAUUGGAUUUGAUAUGGGGGGCACUUCUACGGACGUCAGCCGCUACGAUGGGCAGUACGAGCAGGUCUUUGAGACCACGCUAGACGGCAUCACAAUUCAAAGCCCGCAGCUGGACGUCAACACAGUCGCCAGCGGUGGGAGUAGUCGGCUAUUCUUCCGCAACGGGUUGUUUGCCGUGGGACCCGAAUCGGCCUCUGCCCACCCGGGACCAACGUGUUAUCGCAAAGGUGGACCGCUGGCAAUCACCGAUGCGAACCUCGUCACCGGUCGGUUAGCCGUCGAGAUGUUUCCUAAGAUCUUUGGACCGGACGAAAAUCAGGGUCUCGAUCAAGAAGCUAGCGAAAAGGCGUUCCAGGAGCUUACCGACCAGAUCAAUGCCAACGCCUCCAAGGGUCGCGGGGAGCUGAGCGUCGACGAGGUGGCGCAGGGCUUCAUCCGCGUGGCCAACGAGAUCAUGUGUCGACCCAUCCGCGCGCUUACCGAGGCGCGAGGCUACAGUGCGUCGAAGCACAUUCUGGCGAGCUUCGGUGGCGCGGGUGGCCAGCACGCCUGCUCGCUCGCGCGGUCCUUGGGGAUCAAGACGGUCAUCAUCCACAAGUAUUCCUCCAUCCUCAGCGCGUACGGUAUGGCACUGGCAGAUCGGGUGUUUGAGCAUCAGGAGCCGUGUUCUGAGACGUGGGGCGGCGCCGAAUCCGAAGCCAAAGGUCGAAUCCAGAAGCGGGUGGAACAGCUGCGGAGCAAGGUGAAGCGAGAAUUGGAAGCGCAGGGCUUCCGAGCGGAGCGGAUCGAACUGCAGACACUGCUCAACCUGCGCUACGAAGGAACAGAUACGUCACUGAUGACGCUCCAGCCCUCGGAUGGCAGCUGGGACUUCGAGCGCGUCUUUGUGGACAAGUACAAGCAAGAAUUCGGCUUCGUGCUCGAAGACAAGAACAUCAUCGUCGACGACAUCCGCGUCAGAGGUAUCGGCAAAUCAUUCGACUCGCUCGGCCAGACCGUGCUCGCAGAGUAUCGGUCCCUCUUCAGCGACAAGCGCCGCACAGCAGACACAACCAAGAUGGACAAGCUCGCGACCCGAAAAGUUUACUUCGACCAACAGGGCCGUCUCGAAACUCCGAUCAUCAAACUCGACCAGCUGCAGCACGGCACGACAAUCAAAGGCCCCGCCAUCCUCGUCGACCAAACCCAAACCAUCCUCGUCGAGCCGCAAUGCGACGCGCACCUCACUUCGCAAGCCGUCCUCAUCGAUAUUCUCUACGAUUGA